AUGUACGCAGCAGCAGGUGGCGCCUCGCUGGCGUCGCGCCAGGCGCGCAAGAAGCAGGCGCAGCAGAACACGAAGAACAAGGCCACCAACCAGCUGAUCCUGCGGGAGAAGCUGGCGGCGAAGGCGGCCUCGACGCCGACCAAGAGCAAACCGUUCCACCAGCUGCCGGCCUCGUAUCUGAGGGCACCGCACCAGCACCACCGGAAGCUGAGCGCCGGGUACACCAGCAUCCCGGGCUCGGAUCAGCAGCAUCCGCACCACAAGUCCUUCCCGUUCGGCGACCAGCCCUGCACGUCCGGGGGCGCGGGACACCAUGGCCACCAACACCAUCACCACCACCAUCAGCAGCAGCAGCAGCAGCACCCGUGCCACGUGCACGGCCCCGCACACCUCCCGACGGCGUCCGGGGCGUCCUUUCCGCCGAUGCCGAAACCGACCGGCUUCCGGGAGUACGACAAGCUCGUCCGACGUCAACAGUUAACAAAGUCCGCCACCGCCACGCUCCCUCUAGUGUCGCAGGCCGCAUCGGACCUGACGCCUCCCGACACGCCGACCCUUGGCUUCGGUCAUCAUCCGCCCCACCAUCACCAUCUCCAUGCGGCGGCGCUCGAACCGACCCCGGAGCAGCAGCACCAACACCAGCAGCAUCCGAACCACCAUUUCUACCACUACGCACAGCAGCAGCAGCAGCAGCUGGUGGGAACGAAGCGGGGCUCGGAUGCCUUGACGCAACCGCUCACGCUGCAGAUCCCGAAUCCCGAUCCGAUCGUGAUCACACCGGCCACUCCACAGGCCACGCCACCCGGGAGGCCUGCGCUGAAACCACUGGCCCUCACGGACGACGAGGAGGCACAUCCGUUGACGAGUCCUGAACCGGGAGCGCUCGAGCGCAAGUGCAGCGUGUACCGGGGCCGCAAGCUGGACCCGUACGAGGAGCAGUUCUACAAUACGACGACAAUAAGCGGCGGGGCGCAUCAGCACCACUACCAUCCGGACGAUGUUUUCUUUCCACCGGUCGCCGGGGGAACGGCGGUACCUAAUGGCGGGGGCGGUGGACACUCGACCACGACCACGACGCCCGGGCACCAGCAGGCGGAGUACUACUGCUGCGAGUGUGACCACCGCCAGUACGGGGUCUGUACCUGUGAUCAGUUCGAGUGUGCCCAAGGUCGAGCAGCAUGGCUAGAAAGAGGAAGACGUUGCAGCGUACAGGAAACACCCGCUUCUUGCCAUCGACGAUGGGUCAAACGGAAUCGGAUACAAGACUCAUCGUUAGGUGGCUCCUCGGACGAUGAAGACCUACUAGGUGUACUGAGAGGACCCAGUUCAUUCGCCAAUGCCUUCCUAUACGUAGGUUUAGGUACCAUAGCAAUUGGUUUAGUGAUAGCAUUCGUCGGCACCGGCGAGAAAGGAUUCAAGACGGUUGAACUAAGACUAAUCGGACCAUCGUUAAUUGGUCUCGGCUUACUUUGUUGUACAUUGCGUAUCCUGUUUUGUAUAUGUCCAUCUCACUGUAUAUCAUCUAGCCGUAGAGCACGGGAGAAGAAAAACGCCAAGAUAGACGCAGAUCAUAGAACUUCCCUGUUACGAGGUGACAGUAAACGAGUAUCGAUAGCACGCGGACCUCACAUACCGACUAAACAGCCUCAGAUAUAUCCCAAAUCCAUCGUAAAAGCCAAAACGUACGAAGGUGUGGAGGCGCUGAGGCAAAUCGCGACCACCUCGCUGUUCCUGCAGAACGAGCAGAAAGUGUCGUCCAACCGGAUCGUUCCUAUCAUCAAAGAGCCAGAGAAGCUGGAAGAACCGCCUUUAGAGUUGAAAAGGAUCGAUGGCCGGCGAGAUGAUGCGUCGAUCGUGAGCAUAUCGGACGGCGAGGACGACUCACACCGACGGCAGCGUCCGGGGUCUCACGGGGACACGCAGGUUAUCGAUCUGACGGGCGAAGACCAGGACCAGGAUGAGCUGUCGCACUCGCCCGGUAGCGCCGGCACUAGCCACCAGCGGAAGGACAGUAAACUGCGUCGACAGCGGACCUCGGUCCAUCAGCAGAAACCCGGCCGUGAGCUGCAAAGCUCGGCGUACGGCGGAUCCAGCGGAACCAGCGACGGUUCCAAUCUGCUCAUGGAAACGUCGCUCAUGAUCAUCGGACCGACGCCGGUCAAUUCGCCGACCAAGUCGGUGACGCCUGCGGUCCACUCCACCUCACUCACCGUGCCCCUGCCGGCGAAUGGGUCCGCUGGGUUGGGUGCGGCCGCGAAGCUGGGUGUAGCGCCGGCCACCGUCACCGUUUCCGGCCACUUGUUGACCCUUCCGGCGGCCAGCCUAGCAGCCGGUAGCACCCCGCUGCCGGGACAGCUGUCCCCACUGCCGUCGACGUCGUACCUGGCGUCAUCGAUGGCCGGCUACCGGACCUCGGCCAGCUCGAUACCGGGCGCCUCGUCACCGUUGCCUGGCUUUAUCGCUUCACCGCACUACAACAGCAGCAGCAGUAGCAGUAGCAACUACAUCUUCUCGCCUCCGCCCUUCACGCAGCACGAGCCGAUCACGCGCGGUACCAACACGAUCACGACCGCGUCCUCGUUGCUGCAGGCACCACCACCAACACCAGCGAAUACCACCAAAACCGAACCGGAACUAGUGUUAAGUCCAUCGAAGCUAGGACAGUAGUACUGUAGGAACCAAACUUUUCACCGCUAGAGAAGCCAACAUACCCCACAACAGUCCCAAUCGCUGCUCCCUUCGGCUGUGGUCACGAUGGGACAGUGUUAAGGGCAAGCAUCCCAGAAACAAGCAGGCAGGCAGAGUGUCGCACGUGUCGCUAGGUCCCUCCCCACACGUUCCCGCAUCGUAACCCGGUGAUGUCUAUUGGUUUGUACGCUUCCCGAUCGCUUUUGAAGUAUUCUUCACGCCAUGGCUUACGCGGCUGCGACAACCGUUUCU